UAGAGGCCACAGCCCGUUUAAGCAGCCGCCAGUGUUAUCGGCGCCAGCAGCCUGUUUCCUGUUUCACAUGAGCAGUGUGGUGAGGAGACACCACCAUGGAUAUCCGACCAAACCACACCAUUUACAUCAACAAUAUAAAUGAUAAAGUCAAGAAAGAAGAGAUGAAGCGUUCGCUCUACGCGCUCUUCUCUCAGUUCGGUCAGAUAGUCGAAAUCGUGGCCAUGAAGACCUCGAAGAUGAGGGGACAGGCUUUCGUUGUGUUCAAAGAGCUCGUCGGCGCCACCAACGCACUGAGGCAACUUCAAGGCUUCCCCUUCUACAACAAGCCCAUGAGGAUACAGUACGCAAAGACGGACUCGGAGGUCAUCGCCAAGGUGAAGGGCACGUACGGCGACAAGGACAAGAAGAAGGACAAGAAGAAGAAAGCUAUGGAGCCGGCGACCAGCCUACUAAAGAAACCCGCAGGGGGAUCACCAGUGCCGGCACAUUCCACCUCAGCACAGGUGCCGGACAAUCCACCGAACUACAUCCUGUUCCUCAAUAACCUCCCUGAAGAGACCAACGAGAUGAUGCUGUCGAUGCUGUUCAACCAAUUUCCUGGUUUUAAAGAGGUGCGACUCGUCCCGGGGAAACACGACAUUUCCUUCGUGGAGUUUGAAAGCGACAACCAGGCGGGCGUGGCUAAAGACGCGCUGCAGGGCUUCAGAAUCACAGCGACCUGCGCCAUGAAGAUCACCUACGCCAAGAAGUAGUUCCCUGUUUGAUCACUGGACACAAAGAGACUCUAAGUGGGAGGGGGAGGGGGGGGGGGGGGGGGACGGUCCCUGGAUUUCCGUUGUGUCCCAGAUCCUUUUUAAUUUGUGAAUCCUACACCUCCUCCUCUUUUCUUUCUUUUCUUUUUUUACUUUUUGUUUGGUAAACUCUGCCGUCGUUCAUGAGGUCGAGCGAAUAAACUCUGGUCGACAUCUUAUUUUGUAAAAUAAAAGACUUUUACAUAAUUGUUCCUGAGAUGUGAGUUUUCCUGCUGACACUAACUAAAAACAUCAACAGUGAGGACGAUGUAGAGGAGCGAGUGUUGGAGGGCUGGUGACUCUUCGUCGCUAAGUGAAACGAAAAACAAAAUGUCUUCAAACUGUUCAGAAGAUGUUAAAAUAAAACUUACUGUCGUAUGUUGUCUAAAGGACUUUCAUGAUCUGAACUCAUUCAUCUAGAAAUAAAGCCUUAAUUUGUAUUAAAA